AUGGCUCCAAAUAACAAUUUAUCAAAUAACAAUGGUAAUUGUGAAACUUUGAGUUGGACUAGAGUUGUAGAUGAUGCUCUUGUUGAUGCUUUUAUGCAUGAACAUGAAAAAGGUAAUAAAAUCAAUGGUAUCUUCACUACAAUAUCAUAUGAAAAUAUUGCAGUUGAACUCAGUACAUUGUUUGGAAAAGAAGUUGAUAAGACUCAGAUAGAAAAUCGUUGGAAAACCUUGGAAAAAAAUUUCAUGGAAUAUUAUGAUAUUUUUAAAGGUGGUAUGAACGGAUUUUCUUGGAACUCAACUACUCAGUUAUGGGAUGCUGAGUCAAAAGUUUGGAAUGCUCUUAUUGAGUCAAAACCAAAAGCAUUAAAAUGGAAAAAUAUACCAUUUCCAAAUUAUAAGAAAAUGAUGAUACUUUACGGGUAUGAAUCUGAUACCUUAGAAGAGACCAGAAAACAAAUUUCAUCGAUCAACAAAGAAGAUAUUGUUGAAAGUAUUGAAGAGAUUGAUAUGCGGGUUGCACGAAAUGAGAUGACUUUAGAGAGCUUUAAUGUUGUUCAUGACUUUUCUGAACCCGAAACACAAUUACCAGAUCAUUCACCCAUAACAAAUGGCAGUAAAAGGAAGAAACUGAAAGUGGUUAGAAAUAGACAAAGAGGAAAAUUAUUGAGCUCCAAGAAUCAAUAA